UGAUUCCACAGAGCAUUAAGGCUGAUAUUGCUGUUAAACUGUUCAAUUCUUGACUGCACGUCGAAUCUUUGUGUUUGAUACCAACCGCAUGGCAUCCGAGUUUUACAUCGGCAAACGACUCUCGUUUGAUGAGCGACUUUGCACUGUUCGCUAUAUCGGCGAGGUCAAAGGCACAAAAGGAACCUGGCUAGGUGUUGAAUGGGAUGACCCAAUAAGAGGGAAGCACUCUGGGGAACAUGCGGGCACAAGAUACUUCCAAUGCGUGAGGAAUCAUCCGACAGCAGGAUCAUUCGUAAGACCAACACGGAAACCUGACCCGUCCAGAUCGUUUGUUGAGGCGCUGAAGGCAAAGUAUGCCAGUGAAGAUUUUGAAGAUCCGGACGUUGAAGUUGUCUUUGUGACGAAAAAUGAUAAGAAGGAGCGACUGGUGCAACAGAAUCGCCCAGUACGUAUCAGUGGGAAGGAGGUGGAGGAAGUUGGUUUCGAUAAGAUUCGGAAGCAGCUAGCGGAGCUGAGCGAGCUGAAGUUCGUUAUCCUGGACGGCUUACGCAUGUCACGACCUGUUGCUAGUCGGAAGGAAUCUCAGAACCCCAGUGAAUGGAAUGGUUGGCCUACUGGUCUGAAAGAUGUCAGCGAUGCCUGUCCAAAGGUCAUUGAAUUGGACCUGAGUAGAAACUUGUUCGAAGAAUGGAGGGAAGUUGUCUCGAUAUGCGAGCAAUUGGACAAGUUGAAAUCGUUGAGAGUCGAUGGCAAUCGAUUUCGGGAUACCACUUUGACGGAGACGGAAAAAGAACGAGCUCGAGCAGCAUUUCGAAACAUCAAAGCCGUCAAGAUGGAGGAUAAUUUCCUGCCAUGGGACCAGGUUGCAGAAGUCACCAAUCUAUUCCCCCAAAUAACCUCUUUCGUGGCCUCGAGCAACUUCUACACCACCCUCACAGACGACAUCCUCAACUCAACGAUAACAGACCUAACAUUCGAAGAAAACUCUUUCCACUCCUUCUCCGACCUGAUUUCCCUAACAAAACUUCCCAACCUGCGACGUCUCGUCCUGAAAUCCAACCAAAUUUCCGAAGUUACAAAUACCGAUGCAUUGCCAGUCUUCUCUCCAACACUAACCGAACUCGACCUAUCCUAUAAUGAAAUAUCCUCAUGGGCUUUCAUCGACAAAUUGGUCCACAUCUUCCCAGGUCUGACAUCCCUUCGCGUUUCGCACAACCCUCUGUACAACUCUCUCCGGGCAGCCGAUGGUCGCGCCCUCAGCGCCGAAGAUGGAUACAUGCUUACACUCGCACGACUCAAGAAUCUCAAAACAUUGAACUACAGCCCCAUCACAGACAAGGAACGUUUGAACGCGGAGUCGUACUACUUAUCCCUUAUUGCGCGAGAGGUCACCUUCGCCCCAAGAAAUCAAGAGGAACAGAUCUUGGCGACACAUCCGAGAUACAAAGAACUAUGUGAGGAGUACGGCGAGCCGGUCAUCAAACGCGAAGACAACGCGGUGAAUCCGAAUUCGCUAGCUGCAAGGUUGAUGCGAAUUUCUUUUCAUCAGGGAAAGGACGACAGUGGGCAGCUUGUGGGGGCGCCUUUCGAGAUCGAGAUCCCUAGAUCGAGCACUGUAUACACGGUUUUAGGCUUGGUUGGGAAACAUUAUGGUUUCGCACCUCGGAGGUGCAAAUUGAUUUGGGAAACCGGGGAUUGGAUGCCAGCAACUGGUGCAAGUGAUUCAAUUGACGGUGAUUCAGCAUCUGAGAGUGGGGAGGAUGGCGAGAACAGAACUGCCGACAAAGUCAAAGGAGAAAGCGUGAUGCGAGAGGUGGAAAUUGUCCCCGGAACAAGAUCCAUAGGGACUUGGAUUGAUGGGAGAGAGGCUUUUGUCAGAAUCGAGCAUAGUUGAUUCUAGCGGCCUUGCCCUACAGGGACUAUCCAUAAUUAAAUGCAAAUAUAAUCAUAAAUAUCUAUUUCCU